AUGACGCGGGCCUUCGGGUGCUACAUCAUGGAGUCGGAGGAGGCGAAGGCGCUGCGCGCGUCGGCGACGGAGACGGAGGGCGCGCUGGAGUCCGCGCGCAACUCCAUGACGCUCGGCGCGACCUUCGACGGCGCCUUCGAGGAGCUCUCGUCCGUCGCCCUGCGGAGCCGCAUGCGCGUCGACGGCGACGAGACCGCGCGCAAGGCCUGCUACGACGGCCUGCGGUCCAUCGGGAGCUUCGUCGUCGAGCACGGCUUCGUCGAGUUGGUGAAAAAAAGGAACGCCAUGGCGAAGGCGCUGGGCUACGUCGACUACUACGACUACAAGGUCACGCAGGCCGAGGGCUUCGGCAAGGCCCAGCUCUUCGGCAUGCUCGACGAGCUCGAGAGGGCCUCGCGCCCGAUCAUGGAGGCCGCGCGGGAGACGCUCGCGGCGGACAAGGGCGCGGACGCGCUCGAGCCCUGGAAUCGCGGGUUCGCCAUGGCCGGCGACAUCACGCGGAAACUGGACCCCUACUUCCCCUUCGAGAAGGCCGUCGAGGUCUGGGGCCGGUCCUUCGCGGCCAUGAAAAUUACGUACAAAGGCGCGAGCAUGGACCUGGACCUGCUCGAUCGCAAGGGCAAGUACAGCAACGGCUUCUGCCACUGGCCCCAGCCGGCCUGGCGGCGGUCCGACGGGUCCUGGCAGCCGGCCGUGACCCACUUCACGUCCCUGGCGGAUCCCUCCGCGGUGGGCUCGGGCAUGACGGGGCUCGUCACUUUGAUGCACGAGGCGGGCCACGCGGCCCACUUCGCGAACACGGACGUGCGGUCCCCCCUGUUCAGCCAGGAAAGGGCCCCCACGUCCGUGCCCUACGCGGAGCUCCAGUCCAUGUUCCUCGACAGCCUGGUCGGCGACGCGGCGUGGCGCGGUACCUACGCGAAGUCGCGCGGCGGCGACGUCGUGCCCUGGGCGCUCCUCGAGGAGGACCUGACGGCGACGCACCCCUACAAGGUGCUGGCGCUGCGGAGCAUGCUCUCCGUGCCCUACUUCGAGAAGGCGCUCUAUGAGAUGGCCGACGAGGACCUCACGGCCGCGAGCGUCGCCGCGCUGGCCGACGCCGUCGAGGAGGACAUCGAGGGCGGCCUCGGGCCCCGGCCCCUGCUCUCCGUGCCCCACCUGCUGAGCGACGAGGCGUCGUGCUACUACCACGGCUACGUGUUGGCCGAGAUGGCCGUCCACCAGACGCGCGCCUUCGUCGAGAAGCGCGACGGGUUCCUCGUCGACAACCCGAAGAUCGGCCCGACGCUGACGGACGCGUUCUGGAGGCCCGGCAACACGGAGCCCUUCCUCGACCUCGUGGAGCAGUGCACGGGCGCGCCGCUGUCCGGCGACGCGUGGGUCGCGGCGCUCGGCGUGCCCCUCGACGAGCUCCUCGCGUCCGAGAAGGCGGCCUACGACGCCGCCGUCGCCGCCGCGUCCGCCGCGUCGACGGACGUGGACCUGGACAUGCGCGUGCGCAUCGUCGACGGCGACGCGGUCCUCGCGGACACGGCCGGCUCGAGCUUCCUCGAGGCCUGCGCCGCGUUCGAGAGCUACGUCACGGAGAAGUACCCGGCGCCGAAAUAA